AUGGCAAAGAAUUCAUUGGAGAGGUACACUCAUUAUUAUGAGCGGUGGGCUAGCAACCAAUCUUCAAGGCAAAAAGCUCUCUCAGAUCUACACCAGAUGCAAACUGUUCAUAUUGAGAAGCUUAGUGAUACACAGUGCCAACCUGAGUCACAGCUUAAGUUCAUAACUGAGGCUUGGUUACAGAUAGUUGAGUGCAGGCGGGUAUUAAAGUGGACAUAUGCAUAUGGAUUCUAUUUAGCGGAGCAUGAGCAUGCGAAAAAGCAGUUCUUUGAGUACUUGCAAGGUGAGGCUGAAUCAGGUUUAGAGAGACUUCAUCAAUGUGCCGAAAAGGAACUCCAAGUAUUCCUCAAUGGUGAUGGCCCAUCUAAAGAUUUCAAUGAUUUUCGCACAAAGCUAGCUGGAUUGACCAGUGUGACUAGAAACUACUUUGAGAAUUUGGUUAGGGAAUUAGAGAAUGGUUUAUGCGAUGUGGAUAGCAAUGGAGCUGCUUCCAGUAAAGCAACGGGUUCAAAAAAUGCUGCAGGGAGCAGCAAGGGAAGAGGCGGAAGAGGAAAGGGGACGGUUCGAGCUAGCAUGUCCAGCAGAAUUACUGAUGAUAAUCAUUGGUCUUGUGAGCAAUGUACCUAUGCGAAUGUCAGAUCUGCCACUGCAUGCCAGAUGUGCAACCAACCGCGUCGAUGA